GCUGUUUCGCUCACUCACUGUUACAUGCAUAUAGAGCAUAUAAACCGUGCAUUGGAAAAGAAACAGAGAGGCUGUGCUAAAGGCGCAUCUACAGGACGACCAAAUCUCCAAUGUGUAGCAGAUCGAGGACUCGGCUGCUCUUCUGGACCUACGCCUACUCCAAAAGAGUUAACGUGACCAAGUGAAUCUUUCUCUCCUGUUCAUCCGACUAAUUGUGUUCCUAAAACGUUCAUUUUGCGUUCAUGUGCAAAAUGAGCGGGACCCUGGAUUUCGAUGCAAAAUUUGUUGAAAUUAACCCAACAAACACGUUUUUAAGUGCCGAGCAACUUGUUACGCACCGCCACUUGGAGAUCGAAGCCACAUGCGGUGGCCUGAAGCGCACACAGAAUGAGGGAAGUGCAGCUGAACUUGAGGAAAUUACCACGGCUCUUUCUAAUCUGCGGGCUCAAUUGUCAGUGCCACGCAUAGAACGACUCGGAGGGAGAGCUCUGGCCUCUUGGGAUGAGGAACAACAAGCAGCGGAAAUACUGCGUAAGGAUGGAAAAUUCGGGAGCUUCGGAUACAGCGUGCAGAGUAAACUCUAUUUGGAAUACUACGAGGCCUUGUUUCUUCUGGAGUUGGGUCGCCUGCAGCUGGAGUACCAUGAUGUGACUGUUUCCGUGGAACAGGCCUACGUCUUAUUGCUUGGAGAACUGGAGAGUGAAAAGUACCACAAUUACUUGGUUUAUUCAGCAUUGUCUCGUGCUGGUUAUAUAGUGGUUAGGCAUAAACGCCAUCAGCCAACAGCAGAAACAGUGACCAGAGCAGAUUGCAUCUGGGCUCUGCUGAAGGAGAAGGUUGGGCAUAUUCCAACAGCUGCACAUAUCAAAGCUUCACCGCUCUAUGCAACUGUAGAGAAGAGUAUGGAAGACGUCAAACAGUUUAUCAUGUGGCCAAAUACCGAGCAGAAUGAGAAUAGCGGAGAGCGGAUCGAUUUUAAAUUUGACACACGAAAGCGAAAAGCAAAUGCAGCGUCUAGGGACUAUCCUAGCAGCAAGAAAGCAUGUAUAUCAACAAGAACGAGCCUUGUAGACCUUCCAAAGACAGAAGCAACAUAUGCGAGAUUCGAAAAUGUAUUUAAAAAAUUCGACAUUGUGCAGCUUAAAAGCAACGAUUACCCAACCGAUGAUCAAACAACUCCACCUUCCUUCAGUAUAUCGUUUGACUUGCAUCUUCAUAAUGGAGGCUUCAAAAAGCGUACUCCCAAAACGCCCACCUUCAACGUGAUGAUUCUCCCGCCCGAUGCGCCGUUUCCGACACACAGUGAGAUUGCCCAGUGCCAGCGUCAACAGCUCCAUACAGCGCCCCUGCUCGUCGUGUCGGUUAGCGAAUCGAAACAGAUACAGGCGUUCUUGUACUUUAUUAGUUGAUGAUGUCGGACUCUGCGGAUGUGCUACCUCAAUAAAUUACGGGAGAAGUUCCGACAAAACAUGCCCAGUCAAACAUUGUCAAAACAUUCGAAAAAAAUUCAUUUAUUUGAAUGUA